AUGUCUUCCUUGAAAAAAUUGGAUUGUAUAGUCACCGUCGAUAUCAGAGUUGAUUUAUCUUAUCUUCCUGGAGUGAUUGAUUGUUUGAAAGAUCUUUCGUUGUUAAAGAUUAAUUCGAACCUUGAUUCUAAACUUUUUUAUAUUUUGUCUCAAAAUUGUCAGAACAUAAAAUCAUUUGCAAUACAAUUUAAAAGUUGCGUUUCGAGAGGAUUGACAGAUUUAAUCUCUUCACAAAACAACUUGAUGCAUUUAUCUUUAAUGAGCCUUAAUUCUAUUAGUGGUUUUUCAUCUCUCAUAACAAAAACAUUCAGACACCUUAAUCAGAUUUCUAGAAAUAAUGGGAAGAAUUUAAGGGAACUUCAUACUGACGAUGAUUCAUUAAAUUUGGCCAGUGCUAAAUUUUGUCCAAACCUUUUCUCAUUACUUACUGCAAAGUUUGUGAAUACCGAAGAACUAAAACUUAAUUUGGAUAAUUGUAGACAAUUAGAAAGUAUUCAAAUGUUUUAUCAUGUUGGAAAAGAAAAUUUGGAGGAUUUUUUUAUGAAUUGGGAAUCUCGUACGCAACGAAAAUCCCUCUCUUUAACGAUCAUGGGACGUCGUGCCAAUAGCUUAGAAAUCAUGAAUGUAGUUGAAAAUAUAUAA